AUUUGUGCGCACACCCAAGGUUUCCUGCGCCGAUUUCGGCGUUACCAAAUAUAACUCGCACAAGUUUCACUCCGUCGUGAACCGUGAUUAGGAAUCGUUCCUCAGUUGAGUCUACUGCGGUCCGCGAGAAACACAAGAUCACAAUGGCAGCCGAUCUGAAAGACGUUGAAAUUGAGAAGGCACAGUUCGUGUUUUCGGUCUACGAUUUUGAGGGUACCAACAGCAUUGAUGCCUUUGAUAUUGGAGGUGCCCUGCGCGCACUCAAUCUCAACCCAACUUUGGACCUCAUCGGUAAAAUGGGCGGUACCAAGAAACGUGGAGAGAAGCGAGUUAAGUUCGAGGAAUUCCUGCCCAUCUAUGCCCAGGUCAAGAAGGAGAAAGAGCAGGGAUGCUAUGAGGAUUUCCUCGAGUGUCUGAAGCUGUAUGACAAAAAUGAGGACGGCACCAUGUUGCUGGCUGAGUUGAAUCACAGCUUACUCGCUCUGGGUGAAAAGCUGUCCGACGAUGAACUUGAUGCUGUUUUCAAGGACUGCAUGGACCCCGAGGACGAUGACGGCAAUAUCCCAUAUGCCCCCUUCCUCAAGAAAAUGAUGGACAACAUGGUGGUCAUCAACCUUAAGUAAACAUUUAAAUCGGCGCCUACAUUACUUAAUUUACCAGCAAGUAAUAUGUAAGAGUAUUCCAUUUCUUCAGAGAUUGUGUGACUAUACACCACCAGCAUAUUAGAUCUGCUUCUGCAGUUGUUUCCGAUUGCAGAUAAUGUAUGAUGGUUAUAUUAACAAUUAUAGAAUGAAAGAACCACCUACGUGCGAAAAAAUCAAAAUGAAACAACAUCGAUAAUUUAAAAUGAAAGCAACAGCGUUUCAUGAACAACAGCAGCACGUUAAUGAAAUUUAUAAUUUAUAAUGACAUCUAGUAUGGGAGCGGUUAUUAUUAAUUUCUUUUUCUUUAAGUUUAAUAUAAAAAUAUAUGUAUAAAGAGAUUACAAAAUCUUUCCGCAUUA